AUGGCUAUUUCCUCCGACAAGACUUCCAAGACGAAGACCUCGAAGGCUGAGAAACCCGCGACCGAGCCCAAGGCUGUUGCGACGAAGGCUAAGGCGACCGCUACUGCCACCCACCCUUCGUGGGCUGAUAUAAUCAAGGAGUGUAUCGCCGCACACCCCGAAGACAGCCGUCAAGGUGUCUCGCGUCCCAUGAUCAAGAAUUACGCAGAGUCCAGGUACAACCUUCCUCAGACAAAAGUUACCAGCAGCCAGCUUGCUCGCGCGAUCGCGCAUGGUGCUGAGAAGGGCAUCUUUGUUCUCCCCAAAGGCCCCUCUGGUAGAGUCAAGCUCCCUCCAAAAGCGAACAAGGAACCCAUUAAAGAGAAUGCGCUCUCUAAGAAGCCUACCGUUGCGACCAAGACUGAUACCCCCAAGACUAACACAAAGGACAAGAAGGUCGUGCAAAGGGAGCCUAAGCAAGACACUCCUGCCCUCAAGAAGACCACUACUAAGAAAGCGGAGCCUGCCCCCAAGGCCGCUGCUAAGAAAGUGGCGCCUGCUCCCAAGGCCGCUGCGAAGAAUGACACCAGCAAAAGAGCUACUACGGGCGACACUACCAAGGCCGGUACUGCGAAGGAAACAGCCAAGAAGGCCCUCCCGAAGAAGACUGCUACCAAUGGAUCGAAAGCGAAGAUGGCUCCAAAGCCUCGCGCGUCGCGUUCUAAGGCUGCUGAAAAGCCCGCCUCCGCUGCGAAACCCGUCUCAGGCGCGAGCUCGACCGUAUCGGCUAGGGCUUGA